AUGGAAAGCCUUCCUUCCUUGAGAAAUGGGCCUAAGAGAGCUCAUAAGAAGGUUCGAACGGGAUGUGUUGCUUUACGCGUAGUCCACUUCCCUACUCGACCAACAUGUGGCGCUAACAUUCCCGGUACUCUCGUAGUCAUCUCACAGACGGAACACCCCCAAGAUGCCUUGUUUGGCCGUCCGAGUCGAAAAGAAAUAUCAUCACCGGACUGGAUGGUGUUCUUCCACGGAUCAAGAUCAAUCGCGCUCGCGUCAAUGGCACUACACACCACGACCAGUCUAACUCACCCAGUCAUUGGCUACACGAUAGGAAUGCUCGCAGACCGUGAGAGGACGUCAAAGAAGCAAUACCUCAGCACCUUACUUGCUCGCAUAAGACAAACCGAGCUGAACGAACAUUACGAAACGUACCUGCACGCCGCGGAAGAGCUUGAAGCGACUUUUGCGGUCCUGGCCGAGUUCCCUGAGAGCAGAGACAUCUUUCACGGGUUCCUCUGGAUUAGCAACGUAUCGGACCAUAGGGGAGAUUUGAUAGCUUUGAUUCAGGGCCAUAAUGCCUCCCAGGAAGCACUGGUCGUGUACACGUACUUUUGCAAAAUAAUCCAAAGGCUUCCGACAAGAUGGUGGUCUGAAAAAUGGGUCCGGGGACUCAAGGAUGGUGCGUUUGCCUCCCUUGAUGAGGAACAUCGAACCUGGGUCGUUGAACUGCCAAGUUGGACUUGA